GCGGCCGCGAUGUGAGCCGGGGAGGCGGAAGGCGCUGCCCGCAUGGCCGCGGGCGGCGGCGGCCGGAAUGCGCCCCUGGGCAGCGGCCCCCGCGACGGCAUGAGGCGGGAUGGCGGCACCGAGCCCUACUGGUCCAGGCCUGAAUCCCGCCUGUGGACGGCGAUGCUGCUGCUGGGGACGUGCCUGCUCUACUGUGCCCGUGUCACCGUGCCCAUCUGCGCCGUGGCCCUCAGCUCCUACUUCGACUGGGACAAGAAGCAGUUCGGCGUCGUGCUCAGCAGCUUCUUCUGGGGCUACUGCUUGACACAGAUUGUUGGAGGACACAUCAGCGAUCAAAUAGGAGGUGAGAAAGUCCUCCUCCUUUCAGCAUCAGCCUGGGGGUUCCUCACAGUCCUCACCCCGAUGCUCACCCACAUCACUUCAGCCCAUCUGGUUUUUAUGACCUCCUCCAGGUUCCUCAUGGGGCUGCUGCAAGGGGUGUACUUCCCAUCCCUGGCCAGCCUGCUGUCCCAGAGGGUCCGGGAGAGCGAGCGAGCCUUCACCUACAGCACAGUGGGGACUGGAUCACAGUUUGGAACGCUGCUGAUUGGUGGUGCAGGAUCUCUCCUCCUGGACUGGUACGGCUGGGAAAGUGUUUUCUACUUCUCUGGUUUGCUCACUUUGCUCUGGGUUUAUUGCACCUGCAAAUACCUCCUGAGUGAGAAAGAACUCACCAUCCCCAUGAACUAUUUAACCAGAGGCCUCUCGGUACCCAAGCAGACCAAAGUUCCCUGGAAGCAGCUGUUCAGGAAGGCACCGAUCUGGGCUGUCAUCAUCGCUCAGCUCUCCACGGCCAGCACGUUCUUCACUCUGCUCUCCUGGCUGCCGACUUUCUUUAAGGAAACUUUUCCCGACUCCAAGGGUUGGGUGUUUAAUGUAGUGCCCUGGCUGGUUGCAAUUCCGACGAGCUUGUUCAGUGGAUUUCUGUCUGAUCAUUUAAUUAGUCAAGGGUACAGAACCAUCACCAUUCGUAAGUUCAUGCAGGUCAUUGGCUCUGGUGUCUCAAGCAUUUUUGCCUUGUGCCUGGGCCAGACCUCCAGUUUCUGCAAAGCAAUAGUGUUUGCCUCAGCCUCUGUUGGACUGCAGACCUUUAACCACAGUGGCAUUUCAGUAAACGUGCAGGACCUGGCCCCCUCGUGUGCUGGCUUGCUCUUUGGGGUUGCAAAUACAGGUGGAGCCCUCCUAGGUGUCAUUUGUGUGUACCUGGCUGGAUACCUGAUUGAGACCACUGGCUCCUGGAUUUCUGUUUUCAACCUGGUGGCUGCUGUGAACAGCAUUGGGCUCUGCACAUUCCUCCUAUUUGGGGAGGCCCAGAGGGUGGACACAGACUCUGUGUACGUGGAUCUUUAGAGAUGAUCCCAAGAAGCAGCUGAAGGACAGGAGAGUGUCACAUCUAUGGAUCAUUCUUGCACAAGUGCCAAAGAACAUUUUUUUUUUUUUUAGGUGUUUUA